ACACACACACACACACACUCUCUCUCUCUCUCUCUCACCCUGCUCCCUUGCCGUCCCGUCCCCUCCACAGUCUGUGGCAGCCAGUCAGGCAAACCUUUCUCUCCGGUGGAGUAGAAAGGAGAAGUUGAGCUGGCAAAAGUGGAUGGCCUCUUCGUGAAAGAUCAGUCUCAGAGGUCAGUUCGACAAACAUUCCAGUCUCGUGUGAUUAUGAACAUACCCCACGAGUUGAUGAUUCUGCUUGUAUCGUCCGAAAUUGUGGUACAGAUUAGUAGAGAAUUAGAGUUGAGAUGAUAAAUCAUCGAUAGACUAUGUUCGAGGAUUCUAGCCCGUGUAGCCUCAGAAAAUCCUUGUUUCCUCGGUCUCCUAAUUCAGAGAUGAGUUGAUUCCAACUUUGAGUCUGAUUGUGGGACUCCACAGGCCGAAACAUUACUUGGGUAUCUGAGAGAACCGAGGAAAGAGGUGUCCUCUUCCAAUCCUGUGGAGAGGAAUAACAUCUUCAGCUGAAGGCAUUGCAAAUUCAAGUUGCUGUUAGAACAAGAAAUUGUAUUGAAGAAGAAAAUGGAACACACAUGCCGUGAAUGCAAGAAGUGGCAAGAACAUUGGUACUGGAAUCACCUUGAACCAACUCAAAUUCGUUUCUCCAGGAUUAUCACUGCCACAUUCAUUAAUCAAGGAUUGGUUGUUCCAAUAAAAAUUGUCUCCAAGUUCACCGAACAACUUGUGAACACUACAAUUCUGAAGAACCUGAGUGGAAAAACAUGGACCAUAGGACUAGAAGAAAGGCAUGGGGAGUUAGUUUUUCAACAGGGCUGGGCUGCUUUUGUGAGUUAUUACUCUCUGAAGCAAGGAGACAUAAUGACUUUUCAGUAUGGAGGGGAUUCCACAUUCACUGUCUCUAUGUUUGAUGGUGAGAGUGGUUAUGAGAAGGUAGGCCUCCCAGUACCAAACUUACAAGGAAGGGAGACCAACGUUCAUGUGGAGUACUCCAGAGAAGGUUCUCUCUUAGAUGAUUCUUCUUCAGAUGAAUCCAGUCAACCCAGCUCACCCAUGAACAACAACAACACUAGAGUUACUGUGGAGAGUGAACAAUCAGAUGAUGGUAAAUCGGGUCAUGGUAAGGCAAAGGCUGAGACUCAGACUCAGACUGAAUCAGAGAGUGAAGAUUACAAUCUACCGAGGAAGAAGGCUAGAAAUGCUGAAAGCAGUUCAAGGAUGCACCGGCGUUCCACUCGUCUGUCCACCUCAAGGAAAGGAAAAUCUGUUUGCAAAGACAUGAACUCAAGAGUAUAUGCAGAUACUGGUAGAAGGGUCAUCAAUCUAGAUAAGACCUAUCCCACUCAUUUUUUGUCAGGAAGAAGACCAGUAUCUAGAGCAGAGAUAGAGAAAACUUAUCAACUGGCUAGUGCAUUUCCAUCAAACAAGCCCAGUUUUACUGUUUCCAUGCUGCCCACCCAUGUUAGCAGAAGGUUUUUCUUGACAAUUCGUAAAGAAUUUCUAAAAAAGCAUAUUCCAGAAAGCACGAAAGAAGUGGUCCUCCGUGUUCCUCCAGGUAUGAAGAAAUGGGUAAUCACAUAUGAUGGAAAUGAUAGAGGCUAUGGAAAUGGACUGAGUGGAGGAUGGAUGAAUUUCGUGUGGGAUAACAACUUAGAAGUGGGUGAUGCUUGUGUGUUUCAGAUCACCCAACUACCUCCAGGAAAUGAAUACCUCAAGACCACCAUAGCCAUGGAUGUUAAGAUGUUUCGAGUUGUAAAGAAAAUCACCAAGUUGACAAAGCUUAGUCGAAACCUCCUCUUGAAAGGAGAAUGCAGCACAUGAACAUGAUAUCUGCUUCCUACAGGACAUGAAUUCUACUUCAUUGGUGGAUGGAUAGGUAGUGAUUAUUUGAAUUUCAUGUAAGACUCAAUUGAAUUUGAACCAGCUUUGUUUUUGGGGUUGAUUUGAGGAUUGGCCCUGAAUUUAUUUGUUUUAGACUCAAUUGAACUUGAUUAUCUAUAAUUUUUCUAAUGUUAAA